CAGCCGCAUCACUAUUGUCUUUUUUUCCAUGGCAGAAAUGUUUGACAACUACCGUAAAUAGGCGCGUCCCAGUUACACAGCACGGAUCACGUUCUUGUAAUAAAAAAGGCAAACAUGACUGCUGCAUUGGCAUCGAAAGAAUUUUCCUUGAAGUGGAAUAACUUUUCGGACAAUCUGACUUCCGGUUUUCUUUCUCACUUGAGCCAGCAUGAUUUGGUCGAUGUGACGCUUGCUGUAGAGGGUAAAUUAUUGGUCGCCCACAAACUAGUCCUUUCUGUAUGUAGCCCUUACUUCAAGAAUAUAUUCAAGGAGCAUCCUACUCAGCAUCCAGUGAUAAUACUAAAGGAUGUGAAGUACGAGGAGCUUUUAGCUUUGUUAAAGUUUAUGUAUCAAGGGGAGGUAAACGUGAGGCAGGAGGACUUACCUACUUUCCUGAAAGUGGCACAGAUGUUGCAAAUAAAGGGGCUGGAAGGCGGCGAGGGGCAGAUCAUACCGCUGUUAAACGAUUACGUGUCGGAUGCACAGGGUGAUCUCGAGGACACUGCCACCUUGUUGGACGCCGCGAGUGAGCAGGGUAGCAAGAACAAGAGCUCGGACGAAUCCGUGCACUCUCACAGGAACAGGAUCAAGAGAAGCGCCAAAAAGAGAAAGGUGCACGCAGUCGAGGGUGACAGCGGAUCGGUCAAGGAAUCUAAAAGGAUAGCGAACGUUAACAGCGUGGACAAUAUCAAUCUUGUGUUAGACGACGACGACGACGACGACGAGAGAUACGCGAACGACUCCGCGAGUAGCAAAAAUGUUACCCACGACGGCGAGAGUAACGAUGCUAUGAACGAUAGCGAAGAAAUAAUCGAGUUACCUGACGAAUCCAUUGCGAGGAAAUUUACAACGCAGUCAGAAGCCGUGGAACCAGUAACUUACAGGCUCUCCGCGAGAGGCAGACCGCAGCUGGUCCACGAGGGAUACGUGUACAACUUGACCUCCCGUUCCGAGGUGCUGAACAGGUCGCAUUACCGUUGCGCGGAGCAGCACCGUGGUUGCCGGGGUAAAUGCUCGGUGAUCGCCGAGAGGUUCAUGCCCACUGGAGUACGCGAACACAAUCAUCUACCGGGUUAUCAAUCGGAGUACGAUUACAGAAAGAAAAAGGGCCUGGACACGGAUAGUGUCUAAAGAAAUCGGGAUGUCGUAUGUUCUGGAUGAUCUGUGCGUCCGUAUCGAAUUCGACAACUGGAACAGGCGAUAUGCAAGUCGAGAGAUAAGAAAAUCUUCCAGAAGUGGCGUGCACUUCCCUGAUGUCUGAAAACCGGCGACACUCUAGGCUAUAUUAAAUAUAUUCGAGCGUACAAUUGAUCUACCGUGAUCGCGGAUUUUUUUAUACGGUUCUAUCGAAAAGCGAUAUUGACUAUUCCAGUUACAAAUUGUGUAAAUAUUACCGGCAAAGUUUUAGGAUCUGGCCAGUUUAUUUCCUCGGCGGACUGGAUUCUAGAACCUGGCGGUUCUGUACGCUGCUGUUCAGUGAGAUCCAAAUAUAACUGAAUUUGUUUUUAAGGAGAACAUUCCGAGACGUGUCCCAUCAUGACGUUAUGUCGCUGUUACAUUCCUAAAGCGUGUAAAUCAUUUUAAGAGGACUUUUUUACAUAUUUACAUUCCAUUUUAGUUAAUUUAGAGAAUACAUUUUAAGUCUAUAAUUAAUUUCGUAUCUUACCUCAAUAUAAUUAUAUUAAGGCAUAUUUGUUUUAAAUUUGUAGGAUAUCCCGGUUAAAGGUUUCUUGCUGGAUCAUAACAUUAAAUAUAGAUUAUAUUUCGAGUCAUGAGUUUUAAAUUUCUUUUUUAAUAUCGUAAUCUUCCAAUUUUAUAUUUAAAACAAGCAAACUGCUUUCGUUAUCUUCCUGCCUUUCUGCUGUGCUCUUAAAACUUCCAAGAAAGUAUUUAACAAAUUACUUAGUAUAAAUACUGUAAGAGUCAUGAUCCAAUUUAAAUGACAUACUUUUCAAUUUAUAAAUGAAUUUCACUGAACAGAGUCGUGCACACAUGAAAGCCAAAACGAAAGCUGUGAAUUAAGAGAGCGAGUUUAAAGUCUAGUACAAACGUUGUACGCGAGAUACGAACAACGUUGGCCUAAUUUUAGAAAGAGAAACGGGAUUUAUCUUACAUUAUACAAAUACAUUCCGCGACCAAUGUAUAAAGAAGUCUUAACGGUUAAUAUAAAUGCCAUAAUGCUAAAUACCUGUACAAAGUUAAUCGGAAUAUUGUUAACUCUCGUAAGCAUUCCCAGCGAGCAUUCCCAUAUAAAGAUGUUAUAAGAUAUACAGUAUAUUAUGGAUUUUAGCGCAAUUGUGAGAUGCAUUGAUGUUCCAGAAUUUAAUAAAUAGCAUAAUUUAUUUACGUGA